AUGCCUGCUCGAACUUUACGUGAAGUAUCCAUCCGAAAUCUUAAGGUUUUUCGCCAGCACUAUGUGUCAGAGAUCUCCGGCUCCUUGGGCGAUUUGGGCACCUUUCUCCCCAUCUCCAUUGCCCUGUCGGUGAACGGGACUGUGUCCCUAUCGAGCACGCUCAUCUUCUCGGGACUCUUCAACAUUCUCACUGGUCUUUUCUUCGGGAUCCCACUUCCAGUACAGCCGAUGAAAGCUAUUGCGGCUGUUGCCAUCGCUAGAUCCUUCACACAUGGCGAGAUCGCCGCGGCGGGGAUAUUCGUAGCUGUUUGUAUCUUCGUCUUCAGCAUCACGGGGAUCCUCGAGUGGUUUGCGAACGUGAUCCCCAUUCCAGUUGUGAAGGGCAUUCAAGUCGGAGCGGGACUGUCGUUGAUAAUUUCCUCUGCGGGGAAGUUGUUGUCCUCCCUUGAUUGGAUUAGUCCGUCGUGGGCCGAUAAUCUUCUCUGGGCCCUCGCUGCUUUUAUUUUCCUGCUUGUGACGAAUAUCUAUCGAGACGUUCCAUAUGCACUGAUAGUCUUUGUUCUGGGCAUUGUCUUCGCGACCAUUCGCUCUGCUUUAGCAGCCAAUCUGCCAUCGUUCCAUUUCUGGAGUCCGUUCGUCGUGGUCCCUCACCUCGAGGAAUGGCGAGUGGGUGCUCUGGAUGCUGGUAUUGGCCAAAUACCACUGACAACGCUCAAUUCAAUUGUGGCCGUUGUGCACCUCGCGGGGGAUUUGCUUCCCAGCGUGCGCACGCCAUCCAUCACGUCCAUCGGACUUAGCGUUGCUGGGAUGAAUCUUCUAGGCUGCUGGCUCGGUGCGAUGCCUGUUUGUCAUGGCUCGGGAGGACUGGCUGCGCAGUACCGCUUUGGAGCGCGCUCAGGGUCGAGCGUUGUUUUUCUUGGUCUUUUCAAAUUGGUCAUUGGUGUCUUCUUCGGCGAGUCUCUGGUGGGGCUGUUGAAGAGAUUCCCAUCGGCUUUAUUGGGGGUCAUGGUUAUCGCCUCUGGAUUGGAGCUUGUCAGUGUCGGCGAAAGUUUGAAUACUGCGGGGGCCCGGGACCUCGGAAGGGCAGAGCAGGCAUUUACGGGCCUAGGUUCAAUGCCUGCCAUAAGCGAAAGCGAGCGGAAAAGAAGAUGGACGGUGAUGAUGGUCACCGUUGGCCUCUUGGUUGGGUUCAAGAACGAUGCUAUUGGGUUUGUGGCCGGCAUGCUAUGCCAUUGGAUCUACUCGAUGCCUGCUGUUAAUUUGGAGAGAUUUCGAGAACGAUGGAGCUUGACUCGAAUUUGGAACCGGAGAGGAAUCCGGCUGCAUUGA